CGCAGCACACCAUAGGGGGAACACCACGCACCGCAAUGACCACGCUGAAAGCCUGGGAAAUCAGCCCAACAUCGAGCUUCGCUCCAGCACCUUUCAACAGCGGUCCACCCAAAUCUGCAACAGAUGUCGAAGACUACCUGAGCGAGGCCUUCGACCCUCAGAGGCGACAAGAGACGCGACUGUUUCGCAUCGAAUCACAGCACUCUCGAGACCACAUCGAUACCGAGACUGGCGUCCUGAAAGCACUCCUCGAUCACAUUGAUGCUUUUCCAGCUCUGCACAACGUGCUCGGCGCUUUUCAUCGAGACAUGAUGGAUUCUCAGAAUGGUAAAGCAGCUGCACAUUACAGCCAUCACCACUCGAGUACCACAAAGAAUCCACUGCUCGAACUCUGUUAUCUUCUCAAGUAUGUCGAGACUCACGGCCGGCCCUCUCCUCCUGUCUGGAAAGCCCGCGAGGGCUACUGCGAAGUGCAACGCUGGUCAGUACGGCAAAUGGCAUUCUACCAAUCAUUCCACGCCGACCGACAAUUCGAAACCGCGCUCCUCGUCAACCCAUCAAUCCAACUGGUUCACGACCUACGACAUCAGUACAAGAAAUCUUCCACCACGCCCGCCGUCAAGCCAUACGAGAACUGGAUGCAGCUCCCACAGCUCGUAUUCGAGAGCCUGCCUGCGAACUGGUCGGAAUAUACAUCAGCACUCUAUCGAGCAGUAGAGGAAGUCUACAACGACGCAUACUUUACCGAUCCCCGGCAACCACGCAUCGACGAAGCAGAUUCCCAUUCCCUCCAAACCUGUUCCGAGCUCAUGGAUCGACUCCAGCAAGCCGACCACGUCCUCGGCAAUAACAUCACCAUUCUCCAAACCGCCCUUCAAAUUGCCCAACAGCGCGCCUCCUCCUCCUCCUCCUCCUCCUCCUCCUCCUCCUCCUCAUCCGCCAGAAAUGGCAGGAGUAACCAUAACACCGACAACAACAACCUCUCCACCUUCAUCCACAGCACCACCGAAACUCUCACCACUCUCCAAUUCCACCGCACACACCUCCACCUCAUCACCUCGCGCCUCUCCCAAACUUUCACAUCGAUUCACAAUCUCAUCCAACUCCGCUCCUCGCACAACAUGGAACGCAUGACUGAACGCACCAUUCUCGAAGCUCGCGCCGUUCGCCUCAUUGCCCUCGUCACCCUCUUUUUUAUCCCUCCGACGUUUACUGCGGGGUUUUUGCAAAUGGGGGGUUUGAAUUUCGAUGCGUCGACCAGAGGGCAUAUGGUGAUUACGGUGGAGGCCAAGUUUUUGUUUUUUGUGGCGAUUACCGUGCCGUUGAUGGUCGUCGUUAUGGGGGCUUCUUGGGUGGGGUAUAAUUGGUGUAGUGUGAGGAGGUGGGGAGGGGGAGGGAGGAGAGAGGGGAGGAGGGGAGGAAAGGAUGGGGAUGGGGAUAGGGAUAGGGAUGAGAAAGGAGGAGGGAGUGAGGGGGUUUGAAAAAAGGGGAAAAGGAAAAAGAAAAGAGAGGAAA